AUGGUUCAAGUCACUCAACUCAAGAUCGCCGUCCUCGACGACUACCAGGGCAUCUCGGAACCCCACUUCAAGAAGCUCGACAAGUCGCUGUUCGACGUCACCACCUUCAGAGACACCCUGCUGCCCUACAACCACCCAGAGACCCCCGAAUACGUCAAAGAUGGUCUGGUUUCGAGAUUGGAGCCUUUCGAUGUCAUUUGCACGAUGAGAGAACGCACUCCCUUCCCGAAGGAUCUCAUCACCCGCCUCCCGAACCUCAAGCUCCUUCUCACAACCGGCCUGCGGAACAACAGCCUCGACCUUCCCGCCUUCAAGGACCGCGGCAUCCCCGUCGCCGGCUCCGCAGACAAGUCCACCGGCAAGCAAGUCGGAACGAACUCGACGACAGAGCACUGCGUCACCCUCAUUCUCUCCCUCGCGCGCAACAUCGCCUCUGAUGAUCUGGCUGUGAAGUCCGGUCUGUGGCAGACCGACCUCGCCAUGGGCCUCACGGCCAAGACGUUCGGUGUCGUAGGGCUGGGUCGUCUGGGUGUAUCGACGGCGAAGAUCAUGCAUCUAGCCUUUGGCAUGAAGAUCAUCGCCUGGAGCACGAACCUGACGCAGGAGGCCGCGGACGAGAAGGCGCGGGCCGAGGGUCUGCCGGUCGAGGGACCUGACGGGGAGAAGACGUUCAAGGUGGUCAGUCGUGAGGAGCUCUUCAGUACCGCGGACGUCCUUAGCGUCCACCUUGUACUUUCCGAUCGCUCUCGCGGGCUGAUCAACGCGGACGAUCUGUCCAAGAUGAAGAAGACGGCGCUGUUUGUGAACACUUCGCGAGGUCCGUUGGUGGAGGAGAAGGAUCUGCUUGAGACGUUGAAGAAGGGCGGCAUCCGCGGCUGCGCUUUGGAUGUCUUCAAUCUCGAGCCGUUGCCGACGGAUAGCGAGUGGCGGACGACGGAAUGGGGACGGGAUGGGAGGAGUAGAGUGCUGUUGACGCCUCACAUGGGCUACGUCGAGGAGAAGACGUUGAACGCCUGGUACGAGCAGCAGGUUGAUAACAUCAAGCGAUGGCAGGCGGGCGAUGUGCUUGUCAACGUUUUGGCAUAA